AUGGCCACAGAUACUUCUCUCUCCCUGGCUGGCAAGGUCGCCAUUGUGACGGGUUCAGGCAAAGAAAAUGGCAUCGGAGCUGCCAUUGCCUUCACGCUUGCUGCACAUGGCGCUCGUGUUGUGAUCAACUACGUCAGCGAGGCCACCGCCGUUCGUGCUGCAACCGUGGCCACCAAGAUCGAAGAGGUUGCCGGCAAAGGUAGCGUCUUGACAAUUCGUGCUGAUAUCAGCAAGGAUGUCGAUGUGAAGAGUCUUAUAGAGGGAACGCUAAAGGGGUUUGGGGUUGAGCAAAUCGAUAUUCUCGUGAACAACGCUGCGUGGGCAUCGCACGAGCCUGUCCUGAGCAUGCUAGCUAAGAACAUUGCCAAGACAUUCGACAUUUGCGUCUUUGGCCCUCUUGCUCUAAUCCAGGCCGUCGUUCCGCACAUGCGCAAUGGCGGUCGUAUUAUCAAUACCGGAAGUAUUGCAUCGAAGCUCGGUAUCGAACCUAUCUAUGGAGCUGCGAAAGCUGCCAUGGAUGCUCUGACGUUCAGUCUUGCCACCUCGCUGGGACGAGACGGCAAGAAUAUUACCAUCAACACCAUCAUGCCAGGACCCGUGCUCACCGAUUCGCUACCUCCAUCAGUCCCUGAGGUAGAAGCUCUGAAAGCGUCAUUGUUGGCCCAGACAAGGGUAGAGGGUCGUUUCGGCACACCCAAGGAUAUUGCAGACGCGGCCCUGCUACUGGCGAGCGAGAAGAGUCGCUGGAUUACUGGACAGGUCAUUUCUGUCAGCGGUGGCAUCACCGGAGGAUAG